CUUGCCAAAUUGACCCAGAAGACGGCCAAGCCCACCCAAAUAUUGUGAAAAUAUAACAAAAAUAAAAGGCGGCAUCUAUCUAACGAAGUAACGUAAUAUCGCAAGAACAGAGCACAGAAAUUCUUCUUCAGAGAGAGAGGUAGGGGGAGAUCUGUUAUCUUCGGUUAUGUUCAUCCCCAUAAGACACAAGCUAUAGCUGAAUUUUCCCGAAGACCCCCAUUUACAUAAUAUUUCCGAAGUUCAAAGAUAUGGAUCUCAGCCAGACGAAGAAGCCACAUGCGCCACCAAAGCGCUUUGUGAGGAGCCAAAUCCCGGACUCAAUCCUCCACGACGCGGCUCUUAACGCCGCAGUAGCGCUGCUUCCCUCCAACUACAACUUUGAAGUCCACAAGUGCAUCUGGCGCGUCCGUUCCACCCAUGCCUCGCGCGUGGCCCUCCAACUCCCCGAGGGCCUCCUCAUGUAUUCUCUGGUGCUCUCUGACAUCCUCUCUACCUUCGGUGGUGCCUCCCAGUGCUUUGUUCUUGGUGACGCGACCUACGGAGCGUGCUGCAUAGACGACCUAGCUGCCAAAGCCCUUGAUGCUGACCUCCUCAUACACUUUGGCCACAGCUGCCUCGUCCCCCUCCACGUCACCACAAUCCCCUGCCUAUAUGUCUUCGUUGAAAUAUCCAUUGAUGUCUCCCGACUAAUCGAGACUGUCCAUCUCAGCAUCCAAAACCCUCACUCAAAAACCCUUGUCCUCGCCGGGACCAUCCAAUUCGCCUCUGCAAUCCGAGCCGCCAAACCCGAGCUCGAAGCCCGUGGUUUCAAGGUCCUCAACCCACAGUCAAAACCGUUGUCCGCCGGUGAGGUUUUGGGCUGUACAGCGCCCAAAAUCGCACACAAUAUACGCAGAAACAGGAACCAGGAGGAGGAGGAUAAGGAGAGCAUCGUGGUUUUUGUGGCGGACGGGCGGUUUCAUUUGGAAGCGAUUAUGAUAGCGAAUCCAGAGCUUAAGGCGUUUCGGUACGACCCGUAUUUGGGGAAGCUGUUUCUGGAGGAAUAUGAUCAAAAGGGAAUGAGGGAGUCGAGGAAGAGCGCAAUUUUGAAGGCAAAGGAGGCCUCAAAUUGGGGUGUGGUAUUGGGGACUUUAGGAAGGCAAGGCAAUCCCAGGAUUCUACAGAGACUGGAGAAGAAGAUGAGGGAGAAAGGGUUUGCUUAUACAGUGGUUUUGAUGUCGGAGAUUAGUCCUCCGAGAAUUGCUCUGUUUGAGGAUUCAGUGGAUGCUUGGAUUCAGAUUGCUUGUCCCCGCUUGUCCAUUGAUUGGGGAGAUGCGUUUAAGAAGCCGCUGUUGAAUCCGUUUGAGGCUGACAUUGCUCUUGGUUUGAUUCCUGGUUGGUGGGACAAGACUAAAAAGAAUGAUGUGGGUUCCUGUGGUUGUGCUAAUGGAAAUGGGGCCGCGGCUGGGGAGGAAGAAGCUGUUGUUGGGGAUUAUCCCAUGGACUACUAUGCUUUGGAUGGUGGGGAGUGGAAUUCAUCUUAUGUCAACAAGCCUUCCCGCCCUCUUAGGAGGGAUUGUGCAUCGGCUACUGCUGCUAACAUUGAAUAGCUGUUGGUUUGAUGUUCUUGCGGCUGGAGUGUUAUGAAGCUGGUUUGAUGUUCUUGCGGCUGGAGGAAACUCCUAGGGUCGAGGCAAUAGGAUUGCAGCCCCAGGAUGAGGUUUUCAAACAUUCUAAGUGAUUGAAUGGAUUUUUAUGAAAGAAAAAGAAAUAGGGUUUUGUGGCCUAAUGAUGUCUUACAGCCUGAUCUCCAAUCAAAGGCCAAAAUAGCCUAUUAUUAUAUUAUGAUGUAUAAUAUAUAACAUGCAUGCUAAAGGCCACAUGGCUUGAAGAGGUGCGGCAAGCCAAGAAAGAAAAGGGGGAGAGUUGGCCUAUUACUAUAUUAUAACAUAUAAUAUGCAUGUUAAGGGCCACAUGGCCUGGAGAUGUGUGGCAACUCAAUCAAUUAGUUUAGUGGGGCUUUCUUUCUGGCUCUAUGUCAACUUCAUUUUGGGUUAAAUAGGGUGGGCAUCAAACCGACUGAUCCGACCAAACCAGCUGAAUCAAACCAUAUUUGGUGGUUUGGUUUGACCAAAGAAAGAGAACAUAAACAGAUUGCUGUAGAAUCUUUGGCCUCACCGAUCUCGUUUGCUGUAGAACCUUGAAAGUUCAUACAGGAAAGGUAUGAUACUCACAAAUAUACGUAAUACAUAUACAUCAUAUGCUUUCUGUGUGGUCUGUGGAGUGUUCUAGUUGUAAAAAUGAGCUUCUUUUGAAAGCACAUUAGAUGGGUUAAUGGAAUUGUUGGGCAUUGGUAGUUUGAAGUCUGCUAUUAGGAAUAAAAAGCUUUUUAAAUAAAAUAAAAUAAAAUUGAGUAUGUGAAAAUUGUAGUUGAAGAUUAGAUAACCAAUUUGGAUUCUAUUUUGCUUGGUAUCUGCUUGUUUCAUGCUUGGUAUUGGAAAUAUCAUGAUCUCUGGAUAAAUAGGCUUAUAAAUCUGUUGUUUUUCUGUUUGCUUCCUAUAUGUUUGUUAGAAUGUAAUCUGCUGAUAUUGACUUGUGGCAAAGAUCAGCCAUUCAAUUCUUGUAUCAUGAAAUCUGGUUUCAUUACAUCCACCUUUGGUGUGCAGAAUGAGGAGAAUAAUCAAAGCAGCAGAGAUUACAGGCUGCUUAUUGCUAGUA